GUGUGUUUGUGUUGUUGUCGAGCGUGAAGUGUGCAAUUAGACAACUGAAUUUGUUUAAAUGUGACGAGAAAAGGCUGACAACAACAAUUGCGAAGGCGAGCGAAUCGAUUUCAAAACAAUAGCAAGCUACGAGACUAAAUUUCGAGUCGCUUGGUAAUCCGGAAAUCGGGAAUUUCGGAAAGUGCUAUAUACAUACAUAUAUACACAAAUAUACACACAUAUAUGCACAUACAUAUAUGCAGGAGAGGAGCGAAGAGCGUGCGAAAACAGUGAAAACAGAAACCCAAACAACGGAUAAGGAGAGACGAGUGGCGGGGUCGGGAAAAGCCAGGCACAUACAUUUCCUCCAGUUUUCCAAGCCAGCUGGGAAAAGGCGGUGAGAUUGGGACUUUCGGCGGCCCAAAGAGCUCAGCUGCAGGAAUAAGCUGACGAAACUGAAACCGAAGCGGAAACCUUGAGACACCGACCGUGUAUUCUCACGCACACCAGCGCAGGCCCACUCGCUCGCACGCACACACACACACGCGCAGGCCAAGGAAGUGCAGACAUCAUACAUCAUGAGUUCGCAAUACUCGAAUGUGGAGAACCUGUCGCCGCAGACGAUCAGGCAGGUGAUGCGGGAGCUACAGGAGAUGGAGACCACGCCGCCGGAGGGCAUCAAGGUGCUGAUCAACGAGAGCGACGUGACGGACAUUCAGGCGCUGAUCGACGGACCUGCUGGCACUCCGUACGCCGCUGGCGUUUUUCGCGUCAAGCUGACGCUGAACAAGGACUUCCCGCAGACACCGCCGAAGGCGUACUUCCUCACCAAGAUCUUUCACCCGAAUGUGGCCGCCAACGGGGAGAUCUGCGUGAAUACACUAAAGAAGGACUGGAAGCCGGAUCUGGGCAUCAAGCACAUUCUGCUCACCAUCAAAUGCCUGCUGAUCGUCCCGAAUCCGGAAUCGGCGCUGAACGAGGAGGCCGGCAAGAUGUUAUUGGAGCGAUACGACGACUACUCGCAGCGGGCGCGCAUGAUGACUGAGAUCCAUGCCCAGCCCGCCAAAUGCGGUGCAGGCGCUGCUGGCGAUGCCAAAGACGACGAUGGACCCUCGACGAAGAAGCACGCGGGCCUGGACAAGAAGCUGCAGGACAAGAAGAAGGAGAAGUUGCUCAAGGAGAAGAAGCGCAUGCUGAAGAGAUUAUGAGAGGCAUAAGGCGGAGUUCCAUGGACUAGCUAAUCAACCAUGAGCAGUAAGCAGUAAGCAGUAGCAGUAGCAGGAAACGUCAAGUACGAGAGGAUGGAUAGAUGAUAAGCGAUGAAUGAGUGCGAGCGUUAUCCCCACAACCACAUGAAUGGCGGCAGGAUCGAAGCUAGCAUGGUGGAUUUGAAGGAGCAGGCGCGCUAUGAAAUUUUACACUGAUCUGAUACAAAAAAAAAAAAAAGAAAACGAAAACGAAGAACAUUAGCAAGUGAGAAAAUGGAGUCACCGAUGAAACCCGGAAACGGAACCGCAUCAUUUGAAGGCUAAUAUCGGAAACGGAAGUUAAAGCUGAACAAUUUCGGUAGAACAAGAGACAGAAAGAACCACUCCAAAGAAAAGUGCAUCCAGUUACCAUAUACGAUUAUUUAAACAACAAUUUUUGGUGACAGCACCUGUCGACCGAGCGUAGAACGUAGAAACAACAACAAACAAACAAACAAAAACCAACAAAAAGCAACCAAGAGAAAUGGGAAUGCAACCAUCUCCUAAGUAAUUUAUGUAGUUCUCUUUUCUUAACGCUCAUGAGCUAUCCUAGCAUAAUUUAUGUAAUUAGAUUAAAGAAAAAAAGGAGAACAUUAUCGCCUCAUACAUGCCACCACCACCCCAACACCCUGCCCAAAUCUCUCUAAACGAAAGCAUCACCAACUUACCUUAAUGAGCAUUAAUAUCGAUCACUUGGGGUCUGUUCGUGUGUUGGGUAAUCCGCCGUGUAUUCAAAUAAUCCAGAAAACAUUUGUGUAUUACUCUUCGUAAUCGAUGUCACCAAUGUACGAGCUCCCCCCAAAAUCUUAAACUUACGCAUAUUUUUUUGUCUUUUUAAAAUUGUAUCCCUUUAGUUUUAAAAUGAAUAAAUUUCGAUUCGUUACAUUCAAAUGUCCUGCUUAGAUUUAAGAUACGAAAAGAAAACAACCACGCAUCCAACAAACAAUCACAGAAAUACAUAAAAUUAUUAAUGAAAAACUGUAAAA